AUGGAGAUCAUUGAAUCGUUUCUAAGAAGGAAAUAUUAUGACGAUGCAGACGUGUGGGCAAGAUGGGUGUCUGAAGAUAAGAAAGCUGUUUGUACGACGUGCCAGAAACCCAUAUCGGGUGCCGCUUUUUGUUACGAGCCUAGAUGGCUGUUCUUUCACAUAUCAUGCCUCAAUGCACCCGCCAAAGACAAAGCCCUUAUGUUACACUUCAGCGACUGGCCGGGGAUUGGUCAUGGCAUGAUGUUCACAGAAGAAGUGAAAAAUGAAGGCAAGGAGGACGUUGUUUGCUUGGGGUGCGAGAAGCCAGUAUUUGGUCCCGGAUACAAAUGCUCCACCUCCUCCCAAUGCAAUUUGAUCAUCCACCAAUCAUGUUAUGAGCCGCCUCCCCAGAUACAACAACACCCCUUCCACCCAAACCACAUUCUUGUACUUGCUGAGAAGCCACAGAAAAAAUAUUGUAAUGUUUGCGGUAAAAAUUGCGAUGCAUACCCCUUCUACUAUUGCAUAGAGUGCAAUUUCAAUCUUGAUUUCAUAUGUGCUACCUGCCCGCGAAUUAUUAAUAUAGACGAUUGCCAGCAUGCAAUCAACUCCUUCUCUAAUCACACUCAAUUCACUUGUCAAGCUUGUGGUGUGGAAGGCAAGGAGUUUGCCUCACGAUGUAGCAUCUGUCAACUCUUGAUUCAUGGUGAAUGUGCUCGAUUUCUACGCACCAUCUGGGUUACAGGUCAUGAUCACUCACUCUCUCUCACCUACUCUCUUCGUCAAGUCAAAGAGCACAACAAUGUAUUUUGUAAGCUCUGCUAUGAAAAGGUGAAGACAGAGUAUGCAGCCUAUUAUUGUCAAGAAUGCGGUUACAUGGCCCACUUGGGUUGUGCAUUUGAAUAUGAAAAAAGUGCACAUCUCACAUGGCUGCCUGAGAAAUCCAUUGAUUUAACAACUAAUGUUACAGAGGAGGUUGAAGAGGAGGUUAAAGGGGCUGAGGAGAUACAACAUUUUAGCCAUCAACAUGAUUUAAUUCUUAGCAAUGAAGAGCUCGUGGAAGAUAUGCUUUGUGAUGGUUGUGUGGGAUUAAUCUCCGCCCCGUUCUACAGUUGUAUUCAAUGCAAUUUCUUUCUCCACAGUAGAUGUGCUCAACUACCAAGAAAGAAGGGAUUGUUCUCAUUUCACCAACACCAGCUCACCCUCGUCUCACAUGAUAAUAGAUUGUUCAGUUGUGAUGCUUGUGAACGUGUCAGCAAUGGUUUUGCCUAUAGCUGUGACAUGUGUGAUUUCGACGUUGACCUUCAAUGUUGUUCACUUUCGGAAAUCCUAAAACAUAAAGGUCAUCAACACCCCCUCUUUCUUGCUGUUAAUUCUAAUAGAAGAUGCUAUGUUUGUAAUUGCACUUCUAACCAGAAACCUAGCAUAUUUGUAUGCAUUAAUUGUGAUUUCGCCUUGGGUCUCGAAUGUGCAACUCUUCCACUCGUAGCUAGGCACAAAUAUGACGAUCAUCUCCUCAGGCUCACCUACAGUGUUGAAGCUCAUUGUGAAAAAUACUAUUGUCUAAUUUGCGAAAAAGAAAGAGAUCCCAAAUGCUGGUUCUAUUAUUGUACAGAAUGCGACUUCCCUGCUCAUCCCCAAUGUGUUUUUGGAAAAUAUCCAUACUUUAAGUUUGGAAAGUAUACUCUCACAUUCGAAGAUAAACACCAACACCCUCUCACUUUUGUCCCAAAGAGUGAGUCCUCUCCUCCGUGUGAUGCUUGUGGUAAGACCUUCGAUGGCAUGGCCCUAGAAUGCACUCAAUGCAAAUUCAAUGUCCACCACGAUGAUUCAUGUGUCGAAACAAUAACAAAGAAAGUCACUUCAAAGUGAUGAUUGGAGGAAACCAACAACAUAUAACCUUAGACUUGCUCAAGGCACGGAAAUUUCAAAGUUUAUUACUAUCUACCAUAAAACUUUAUU